UUUCAGUUCAUUGUUGCUCUUGCAUUUGUUGCUGUUGCCAGUGCCGGACUUGUUCCAGCUCAAGUUUACCAUGCUGCUCAACCUGUGUUGGCCAAGUCCGAAGAAGCCCAUGACCCACACCCACAAUACCAAUUUUCUUACUCCGUCAAUGAUGCCAUAACUGGUGACGUAAAGAGUCAAUCUGAGACUCGUGAUGGAGAUAUUGUUCAAGGAGAAUACUCACUUAAUGAUGCUGAUGGUUACAAAAGAACUGUUCAAUACUCCUCCGAUUCAGUAAAUGGAUUCAAUGCUAUUGUUAACCGUGAACCACUCGUCGCCGGACAGAUUGUUAAAGCUGCUGUUGCUGCUGCACCAGUUGCCUAUGCUGCACCAGCUGCUGUCGUCAAAUCUGCACCUUUGGCAUUAGCUGCACCAGCUUUGGUAAAAUCCGCACCUGUAGCCUACGCUGCUGCACCUGCUCUUGUUAAAUCCGCUCCAGUGGCUUAUGCUGCUGCACCAGCUUUACUUCGUUCAGCUACACUUGGAUAUGCUGCCCCAGCUUACACUCAAGCUUACGCUCAUGCUGCACCAACUUUGAUCAGAUCUUCUCCAAUCGCCUACUCACAUGGACCAGAUGCCUAUACCACUCACAGUAUUGUAAGGUCUAGCCCAAUCGCUUAUGCUGCUGCACCAGCAUACCAUACUGCCCCAGUCUACGCUUAUCAUCAUUAA